ACAGACCGGGCCGACCAAGUCAAAGUAUGUAUGACCACUUAGUGGGCCCUGGUACAUGACGUUGUGUUCAUUUAAUUUUCUGAGCUGAAAAUAUAUCGGAGAAAUUUGUUUGUUUGUUUUUUUGAAGGAAUUGUUUUAACUUAAAGUGGGAUUAUGUUAAAUGUGAACGAUUCUGACUCCGGCUCCGGAAAGUGACGAAAAGUUUAAAACAACCUCCCUUCAACGUUUGGACGUCGAGUCAGAGCUCUGGUCAGGAUAGGCCAAACUUUGUAAAACCAUUAGAGAAGGGCAUAAUAUGUGAACCUGCUUAAAGGUCAGUUCAUAAAAUAAAUAUUACAUUAAACGGCCCCUAAAAACGCAUGUAAAGGAUUUAUCAUAAAAACUUAGUUUUUUUAUUAUUUCAUUUUAUAUCAAUAGUCUAAUUUUAAUUCUCCACCCGCUUUUAGACCGAAGAUUUAUUUCACCAACUGCUUUCGAUAAACAAAAGAAAGUAUAACGCACCAUAUGCACUUGCCAUAAUUUUUUUUUUAAGAUUCACAUUCAGCGCAGUUAUCGGGAAUUUUAUUAGGUGAAAUCAGUGGGGAUCAUAUUUCCUUCAUCUUCCCAUUGAAGAAGAGACAAACGGAUUUUUAAACAUUUUUUUUUUUGGGGGGGGGGGGUUGGGGGAGGGCUGAAAAUACGAAUCUAGGUGGCAAGUUUCAGCUCGAUAGGUUGACGGGGAGAGGGUCAAUUAGACGCGAGAAGAUGUUGGCUAAACACACGAACAAAAGCGAAGCUAACGGAAAGGAUUUUUAAAAACAAGGAAAUGCCUUUUAUUCAAGUGUAUACCGUCCUGCAUCACUCAUUAUUAAGUAGAUCCACUUGGGCUACGGCACUUAAUGUAUGCUCGUUAAAGCUAGAGACAAGACAGCGUUUGAUCGCGAGGAUUCCAAUGUAUUAAGUACUUUAGAUCUACAUAUUUACUAGCAAAUAUAACCGGCUAUUUUCAGGAUUGUUUUCGGAAAAACCCGCCUAAAGCGUUAUCGGCAUACACGUAAAUUGUAGGCCCCGUUACAAUACUUCACUUAAGUACCAGUUAUUUAUUUUUAAAUGCUCCUAUAAAAAGCCAGAUUUUUUUUUUUUAAAUAGCUCUGGUGAACAUUGAAUUUGGAGCCCAUCCCAUUUCAGUUCAUAUUCAAGCUUCACACAGCCGUGAGCCGUGAUUUAAAAACCAAUCUAACCUUUUAAAAGAUGUUUUGUUAAAAAAAGGUAUUUGUAAAUGCAAUGGCAGUUUAAAAAUUAAAAUAAAUUGGAAUCCCCAAUUUCAGUUAUUCCUAUGACGUGGAGGUAAUAAAAAUUUUAAAAAAUCAUCCAGAUAAAUAUUCAAGUUAAUUUUUUUUAAAUUAAAAUUGGAAAGAGUUUGUAAAAAAUGUUGCCUGUUAAAUGUUUAAUAUUUGGGCACCUGGUGCCAAAAUAACCUAAUCUUUAAUAGUUAUUAGAAGCUCAAGUGGUUUGAUGAAAAUAAAAUUGGGAGCCCCAUGCCCAGAAAGGAUGUGUGAAUCGUUAGAUUGAAAUCAACCGAUAUUUUAAUAGGGAUUAUGAGCGGCAUCUUUACUGCGUGCAAGCUUUGCGAACUUCUGUUAAAUCCUAUGAACAGUCUGUACACAUACAUUUUUCAGGCUUUACAUGUUGGUGUGGGAAUUGCAGUCCAGUGCUCAUUUCUCAGAGUCUUAUCUUUUUUUUAUUUAGGUGGGUCAUCCAUCUACUUUCCAAUCAUGUAAAUGUGGGAUUGAAUGUUGUGGGAUUUCGAAUCGGAAUACCCCAAAAAUACGAAGACAAAUCUCCUGUUUAAAUAGACCCCGUCCAACACCAACCCAGCAAAUAUGGGGAUACGCAGCUUCUCAAUGUCCAUCGUAAAUAAUGUGACUAAAAGACGAUUGGUGUUCUUUAACCAAAAUUUAAAAAAAAUUGUUUAAAUAUUUUGUCAAAUCUGUUGAAUAAAUUUUGAGUUUUCCAGGCACUUUAACGUCAAUAGUAUAUUUUGCUUCCUGUUUUUAAGAUCGACCGGGAUCUUCUUCCUGAUUUUUUUUUCAUUUCUCCUUAUCGUCACUGUUCUGACAGCCUCAAAUGGUUCGCAGUGUGGAGUUCAAAGUGUGACAUGGGUGGCGAAGAUUGGUACAUCUUAAUCGUCCUAUUUAGGGGGGGGGGGCUGUUUCUUUCCAUUCAUUUAGGACAGUUGCUAACUUUUUCUUUUCGUUGCUGCCACAUGACUAAAAUACUAACAGUUGAGGGUACAAAACAAAACAGGUAAUAUUGCUGGACACAGUUUGAAAGGUGGAAUUGAAAAUCUUCAUGAAGUACAAAAUGCUGCUAUCUUACUCAUCUACUCAUCUAUGCGACUGACAUAAAGCAACACUUAAAAGGGAUGAUAAUCUUGAUCAAGUGAAUCAUUCAAGCUUGUUCCGUAAACAGUUGGUGACAGCCCUAAAGACAGUGACAGCCCUAAUACUAAUUAAAGCGCUAGCACUAAAUGACAACCCGGGAGUGUGUGUGGGGGGGGGGGGCUAAGUGGUGAUUGAUACCAUUUACAUCGCUGGAUCCGCCAAUGGGGAAUCAUUCAGCCCCCCCUCACACACACGCACAACAAACACCUUCACCCCGCACAUGUAAUAAUCUCCCUUUAUGUUUACUGCCCUGUAUGCGAAUAGAACUUGUUUACGAUCUUUCAGCCAAUCUCCUCAUUCUAAUUUUAGAGAUAAGGUUUACUUGUAUCAAAUAUAGAGCUCUAUUUCUAAAAUCCUACAAAAACAUACAGCACAAAAAAAAGUCUAUGUACUUGCAGCGAAGGUAUAUUUGGGAGAGACACUCAGCUACAUUCAAGGUUAGGUAUCUCUGGGGAAAUGAGUUGGAUUGGUGGGUGUGUGGGAACCACCCUCGUAUAAGUGUCACUUGUGUCUAUGAACCACUCUUGUAUGAAUGUCACAUCUGCUCGUGUCUAGAAACCACUCUUGUAUGAAUGUCACAUCUGCUCGUGUCUAGGAACCACUCUUGUAUGAAUGUCACAUCUGCUCGUGUCUAGGAACCACUCUCGUAUGAGUGUCACACAUGCUCGUGUCUAGGAACCACUCUCGUAUGAGUGUCACACAUGCUCGUGUCUAGGAACCACUCUCGUAUGAGCGCCACAUCUGCUCGUGUUUAGGAACCACUCUUGUAUGAAUGUCACAUCUGCUUGUGUCUAGGAACCACUCUCGUAUGAAUGUCACAUCUGCUCGUGUCUAGGAACCACUCUUGUAUGAGUGUCACACAUGCUCGUGUCUAGGAACCACUCUCGUAUGAAUGUCACAUCUGCUCGUGUCUAGGAACCAUUCUCGUAUGAGUGUCACAUCUGCUCGUGUUUAGGAACCACUCUUGUAUGAAUGUCACAUCUGCUUGUGUCUAGGAACCACUCUCGUAUGAGUGUCACAUCUGCUCGUGUUUAGGAACCACUCUUGUAUGAAUGUCACAUCUGCUUGUGUCUAGGAACCACUCUCGUAUGAAUGUCACAUCUGCUCGUGUCUAGGAACCACUCUCGUAUGAGUGUCACACAUGCUCGUGUCUAGGAACCACUCUCGAAUGAGUGUCACACAUGCUCGUGUCUAGGAACCACUCUCGUAUGAGUGUCACACAUGCUCGUGUCUAGGAACCACUCUCGUAUGAGUGUCACACCUACUCGUGUCUAGAGGUUUUAUGUUAUAUCAAAGUAGCGCAACAAGGGACAUAAUUACCUUAUUCAUUUAUGCCUAACUAUCAAAGACUUCAUAACACAUUUCUUAAUCAAAUGAACUUAUUUAUUUACAAGUAUUUCAAUUGUAAUCUAUGAUAGCCAAGGAUAUGAAAAACAACUUUCAUAUAAAUUAGUCUAGGUUCUCUUAUAUUAUGCACAGUGGCCUCCCGUAAUGCCUUACAUUUAUCAUCAUAGUCGCUUUGUUUUGUUUGUAUUCAAUCAGACUGUAAUACUUAACUGAUCAAUCAAUAAUCGUUCUGAUGAUCUGGCUUGAUCAAUCAAUAGUGAGAUCACAUCAAUUUUGGGAGUGGGUUCUCCGGUCCUUUCCUUUUUUGGCUUCUCAGGACGGUAACGAAAGUGGACGACACAGCAGUGUGUUAUGGAAUAGCUCUUCCCUUGUACGUUGUGAUGUGUGCGUGGACUCAGUGUGGAUUCCCCUGCGACCGCGUCUGUCAUGGGUUGAGAGUCCUGCAAGCACGGGCUCCUAUCUUUCUGAUGGGUACUGGGCGGAGUUCUUGGAAUCCGGUUUUGGGGAACUGAUCCUCAAUCCAGCUGCUAAUAACAUCAUUUUGGAGAUGGUGUCGGUGGGUCAUCGAGUUUGCACUCAUAAUACCCCCGGCACUCCCCCACAGGGGCCAAAGCCGGGUCUCCCCGACUCCAGGCCCUGCGGAAGCGCGCCAGGAACCUCCCUCCUGGCCUGAGGGACGUCCGGUCGACCGAAGACGCUGCGUUUAAAUCGUCCGCAGUCCACUCUCCUAUGGGUCAGGACGGCUUUACUUCCUCUCCGGGGAGAUGGUGUUGCGUUACCACUCCCCACCGCCCAGGGAGUUGUCCGGUCUGGACGUAGCGGGGACGAAACGGUCGCCUAGGGGCGGCUUUCUCAGGGCCGCGUCUUUUUAAUCAUUGGCAAGGGUUUUGGCUGCCACCCAUUGCCUCAUACCCAUCAACGGCAACAGUAAUCAUGUUAGUGCGAGCCUUCCGUUGCGUGGGAAGUCAUGCAGGUGGGUGGGGAUUUUUUAGCUUCGGGAGUGUCCCUCCCCCCCUACUAGUCGCCCACGCCGCGAAGAGGCAAAAUCCCAUGUAGCAUCACCGAGCAGUGGUGUUGCUCCGUGGUCUAGAGCAAACGCAAUCCCACUGCUAGGUGCGGUGAUUGUACAGCAGCAGUACUGCGAGAUAGUAACCAGGAUAUAAUAUGUGAAUGAUUAUACAAGAGAAGAAGGGAGAAACUUUUUCAAAUAUUCUUGAGCUAACAGUUCCUGUUCCAACGACAAGGAAUUCUAAUCGAGGCAUGGAAAUGGAUAGAAUCUUUACAAUGUAAAUACCCAUUGUGGAUAACCUUAUCGUCUUUACCAUAGUCGGCGCAAGCAUAUAUGGCUAGCGUCGACGAAUGGCAAAGGAGUCUCUUGAAACAUGACUAUACACAUUAUUAUAAAAAUAAAGCAUUUAUAAACAUACUAUAUCCAAACAACUACAAUGGAUAGCAAACAUCUAGUGGAUACGGGAUGGGAUGAAGUCUAGAUAAGUACAUCUCGAAACGGCCAAAUCGUUCCCAUUGUUUGGAGACGCGUGUCGAACAUUGAGAAAAUAGAUACAAUACAAUGAUUUAAACAAACUCAGUCUAAUCAGAAUAAGCAUACAUUAAUGUUUAACAAAACUGUAUACAUGGUAAUACAAUGCCUUCAUAUAAAGAAAUGAAAUAGAAAUGUUAAUCCAAAACACUUGGUGUUAGAAAUGGCCGGCUUCAGGGGUGCACUAAGUUAACUGUAAUAACUUGGGGGGACGAUCUUGAAAGAAUUUUUUCUAACAUUUACCACGGUAUAUGUAGUGGAUUUACCAUAAUCGUUCAUUGGCUAAAUCACUAUCAUGUGCUAUCUGAGACGAAUGAACUUAAUAACUAGAUGCGCAAUAAAAUUUCAACAACAGCUCUCCCGUGGCAAAAGGGUGGCGCUUUGGGGGAGGGCGUUCUAAGAAGGUGUUAUAAGUACAUUGAAAUUUUAGGGCAAGCCUAAUUUCGUCACAGUAUCGAAUAGGGUUAAGAAUUCAGUACACGCUCGCAUCCAAACCCAGUGUUGAGACCUUCGCCCUGUCUUGUGUUGAGACCUUCGCCCUGUCUUGUGUUGAGACCUUCGCCCUGUCUUGUGUUGAGACAUUUAUCCAGUCCAGUUUUGAUAUUAUCCACCAGUCCAAAGUGGAGCCCAUUUCAUCAUUCCCCUUCACCCGUCUCACUACCUUUACCUUUCUUAGCGUUGGUGAAUGCAAGUGUCCAAGUGAAUAUUAAAAUGUUCGUGUUGUUUUGUUUUUUUUGUGUAUCCUUUAAUUUUCUUUUUACUUAAAAACUUAGCUUCAAACUGAAUCAUCUGGGGAUAAUCAUCCACACUAAAGCAGAUUAUAUGCUUUUUUAGACUUUCUUUCUACUUGAAUUUCCAUCUUGAGGGUGAAUGGUUGAAUGUGUGGAUGUUUAGAUGUGUGCAAGUGUGGAUGUUUGCAUGUUUAGAUGUGUGGAUGUGUGCAUGUGUGGAUGUGUGCAUGUGUGGAUGUGUGGAUUACUGUGGAUGUGUUGAUGUGUGGAUGUGUGCAUGUGUGAAUGUGUGGAUGUGUGGAUGUGUGCAUGCGUAAAUGUGUGGAUGUUUUUGAUGUGUGGCUGUGUUCAUGUGUGGCUGUACGCAUGUUUGGCUGUGUGCAUUUGUGGCUGUAUGCAUAUGUGGAUGUGUGCAUGUGUGGAUGUGCGCUUGUGUUAAUGAAGCGUUCGUUAUUUUAUCUUUUUAAAGACACGUGAUAUUUUCGCUCAGAUGAUCAUUUUUCUCGUGAAGUAUUCUCCUCAAUGGUGUUGAUCUUCUCGCUGCACCAGAGUUGUGUCAACAUCGCGUCUACUUCUGGGUCGACGGAGGCGCGUUGUAACUGUCGCUCAAAUUCUCGUGGUUGGCCGCGCGUCGGUUUCGCGGUUGAGUGAAUGGGAGGGUGUAUGAGCUCAGAUCUACUUUUUUUAUGUUUAUGCCUAGGUAAAGCCUUAAGUCACUUUGGCCGGGAUUUUUUUAAGCAUUCGAUGUUUGAAAAAAAAAGUGAAAUUAUUUUACCUUUGUCAAUAAUUUAAAGAUUACAUUUUACUAAUUAAAAAGUAGUACUUUAAAAAAAUAUGUGAAAUAAUUUUUGUUUAAGAAGUUCUGUCCAAGACGAGUUAAAGCGCACUAGUAAGUAGAAACAAAAUACAAUUUCUUAAAAUACGUUACGCAAAGAAAUUCUGUGCAGAAAAUAUUUUCAAAAAUUAAAUAUAUAUAUAUUUAAUUUUUGUCUACAUUCAAUUCGAAACGUUUGGCUGCACAGGGGCUUCAUAGAGUGCUACAUAUAGUGCUUCAAAUAGUGAAACAAAGAGGGCUCAUCAACACUUCUGCAAUGUUUUUCUUUGCGAAAUUUAAAAAAAUAUAUAAAAAUGUUAAUAGUUUCUGAUACUAUAUUAUUUUUUCGUCAGAGUCUAUUGAGUGUAUCACCGGGCUAGAGAGAGGGACUGAACUCAUAAGGCCAUGGCUGAACUAAUGCAAAUUGUCUACAAUUCACACGAUGAGCCAGUGAAGCCAGUCGUCCUUGAUUCUACGGAUCUCAACUCUUACGACAACCAAGCAUUUACUCCAGAUGAAAAGGUGGGAUUAUACAAUUAUGUUUGUUUGAUCAUCAGUAGACUUACCCUAAUAUAUCAUGCCCAGGUGGCAUCGUACUUGUAUAACUCUGACUCCGGGAUUCUGCAACUGAAUACAGACUAUUGUACAGACUCCGAAAUACCCACCUCCCCAAAUUCAAAUCCAAAACCGUUUGUUAAACUUGACCCUUGCCGUAAUGCCUGGUUUUCUUAAACUUGACCCUUGCCGUAAUGCCUGGUCCUAUUAAACUUGACCCUUGUCGUAAUGCCUGGUUCUGCUAAACUUGACCCUUGCUGUAAUGCCUGGUUCUAUUAAACUUGACCCUUGCCGUAAUGCCUGGUCCUUGGACAUAUUCAGACGACACCUUUGUUCUCACAUUGCUCUCACAUUGCUCUCACAUUGCUCUCACAUUGUUCUAACAUUGCUCUCACAUUGCUCUCACAUUGUUCUAACAUUGCUCUCAUAUUGCUCUCACAUUUCUCUUAUAUUGCUCUCACAUUUCUCUCAUUUUGCUCUUACUUUUCUCUCAUAUUGCUCUCACAUUGCUCUCACAUUGUUCUAACAUUGCUCUCAUAUUGCUCUCACAUUGCUCUCAUAUUGCUCUCAUAUUGCUGUCACAUUUCUCUCAUAUUGCUCUCACAUUGCUCUCACAUUUCUCUCAUAUUGCUCUCACUUUUCUCUCAUAUUGCUCUCAAUUGCCCUCAAAUUUCUCUCACAUUGCUCUCAUAUUGCUCUCACAUUGCUCUCACAUUGCUUUCACCAUAUAUUUUCAACAUAUCUUAACCAUCUCUUCUUUAUAUUACAUUUAAUUAUUUGUGUAUAUUCUUGUCCCUACUUUCUCCUUGCGUUCACAGGCCCACUCUUCAGGCACUCAACCUCUUCUGCACGCCUCAAUUCCUCUUUGCUCUCACUGAGCCAUUAUUCAGGCUCUCAAACUCCUCUUUACUCCUCAUUUCUAGCUAUAAUUUUUAGUCAGUUAAAAAAUAUUUCAAUUCCGCUCCAGGGAUCCCGAAAUCCCGCACAGUUUUAGUAAACAAAAGAUUUCACGGGAAAUUUUCCCCGUACCUGGAAAUCCUGGGUACGAACGUUUGGAACGCAAUUUGAUUUGGUUUUCUUUUAACAUUUCAGCAAACCGCAUGUGUCACAGAAUGUCACACAUUGUCGCUAGGUCUAUAACUAUAAGCCAUGAACUGUCAAACCUAGUUAACUGCACUGAAUUACUAAGCUCAUUAGCUCUAGUACACAGGUUUUCAAACGUUUCCAAGUAACGACCUAAAUAAUAGAUAAGGAAAGCGACCCUUUCCAUGAUAUGUUGGGGAAAAGGGGCUUUUAAGUCGGGUCAAUUCUUGGAAAUUAUUACUUUUUAAACUUAAUUUUUCAAUAAAAUGUAACUGGCGAUAUAUUUAAUGUCAUAAUUGAAAUUGUAACUCAGCCUUUAAGAUAUAAAGUAAAAAAAAAAGAAAACCAUUCAACAAUCCCUACAUCUCUUGGUUUAUUGUUUCAGCCGGCGACCCCACGUAAAUCCCUUUGCAACCCCAUUUUUGUGUGCUCUGGUAACUUGAUUGUCCCAGGAUGUUCACGUGUCAAGCUAUCUUUAUUAUAUGUAUUGCUUUUUUUCCAAAAUCAACAUAGAAAGACAUAUUUGUAUUAAUGUUCAUCAUUGUUGUUUUGUUUUUUUUAAUUCGAAAAUGAUCCCUUGUUACAAGCUGCUAAAAGCAUGCGUUUGUAAAUAUUUUGUCACCAAUUCGGAACUAAAAUUAGCGAGCUGCAAAGAGUGCAAAACUUAUAAAGUGUUGAGGUUUUUCCUACAGGUGGCUACAUCCAUUAGUAGGGAUAAGCAGUAGAAAAUGAAGCAACUAAUAGCAAGUGACCAACAUCCCAAAAAACUUAACAUUGUUUUUUUUUUAUUCCUUCAAUAGACAAUUUAAUAACAAAUAAACAACUACAAAAAAAAUAAUAAACUCUUUUAGUUUAAUUCAGUUUAUACUAUAUUUUGAAUUACAUUAUUUUUAUCCGGGGAGAUCAUAAACCCUAAUCCAUGCUGAAACAUUUUCAAAGACACGAUUUGUUUGAUUCCAGGACAGCCAACUGAGCAAUGGCAAUGGUAAAGAUACGAAUCACAGUGACUCGGACAGCCCAGUAUUCGAGCCUGCCGACACGGACGACCCAACAUGCUUCUCACGUCUGGUCGAGAAGGUCCAGUCGGGCAUCUCUGGGUUUUUUAAACGCAACCAUAGACCGCUCAAGCUCAUGUUCGGGAUGGUACUGCUGGCGGCUUACUUCGCUUACUUCGGCUACGCCAUGUACUACAAGUGAGUUCGUACUACUCUAUGGCCAAAGAGGGAUGGGGGGUGGGGGAAGGUGGUCGAAAUCAUUUCAUAAUUUGUGUUCCAAACUUUUAUGGAGAAGGGGCGUCAUGUCAUCAACAAAGAUCAGGGGGUUACUGCAGACCAGUGUGGGCGCUUGUCAGGACACAUCACAUCUAAUCAUAUGCAACACGUUAUUUCGGUAUAAAUUGAUUUCCAUUUUAUAAAAUCUAAAAUGAUCUCCGGAAAAAAAAAUUGUUUUGCAUAUAUUUAUGAUAAUCUAUCGAUCUCUGAUCCUGAUAUGAUAAUCUAUUGAUCUCUGAUUCUGAUAUGAUAAUCUAUUGAUCUCUGAUUCUGAUAUGAUAAUCUAUUGAUCUCUGAUCCUGAUAUGAUAAUCUAUUGAUCUCUGAUUCUGAUAUGAUAAUCUAUUGAUAUCUGAUUCUGAUAUGAUAAUCUAUCGAUCUCUAAUUCUGAUAUGAUAAUCUAUCGAUCUCUGAUUCUGAUAUGAUAAUCUAUUGAUCUCUGAUCCUGAUAUGAUAAUCUAUUGAUCUCUGAUUCUGAUAUGAUAAUCUAUUGAUCUCUGAUUCUGAUGAUAAUCUAUUGAUCUCCAAGAUUUGGUGACGAAGGAUCUUGGCGACUCCUUGUCAUCACGAUGCUCAGUGCCAUGGGAAUAAUCCUCCAUCUCGGACUCAGUCAGUGGAGGAAACAACCAAAAGAGAAUGUCGGAGAUAAGCAUGUGGGGGACAGGAUCAACUACUGCAUGGCCAAACUCAGGUGAUUUCAUAGUAUUGUAUGACUAAACUCAGGUGAUUUCAUAGUAUUGUAUGGCUAAACUCAGGUGAUUUCAUAGUAUUUUAUGGCUAAACUCAGGUGAUUUCAUAGUAUUGUAUGGCUAAACUCAAAUACCAUCAACAUAUUAUAUAUUUAAAAUCGGUAGCUUAAAAAGUAAAGUGGAGAUUUAUGGCAAUUUCCAUUCGGACAGUUAAACCUUACACUUACAUCAGUUAAUCAUUGCACUUACAUCAGUUAAUCAUUGCACUUACAUCAGUUAAUCAUUGCACUUGCAUCAGUUAAUCAUUGCACUUGCAUCAGUUAAUCAUUGCACGUACACAGUAAAACAUUGCACUUACACCAGCAAAACAUUGCACUUACACCAGUAAAACAUUGCACUUACGCCAGUAAAACAUUGCACUUACACUCAGUUAAUCAUUGCACUUACACCAGUUAAACAUUGCACUUACACCAGUUAAUCAUUGCACUUACAUCAGUUAAUCAUUGCACUUACACCAGUUAAACAUUACACAUAGCACUAACCAAAUUUUUUUUAGACAGGGAUGUACAGACGUUUAAAUAUAUUUUUUAACCCUAUCCAGAAUAUCCAUUAUCCUGCCAGUCUUACUGACCAUUGGAUUUAUUGUCUACAUCGUAGUGGACGUCGCGCUGGACAGGCCUGAAAAUUUGAUUAGUCUUGCGGGCAUGGUCGUCUUCAUCGCUUUGUUCUUCAUAUUUUCUUACAACCCGUCCAAGGUGAGUAGUCAAUGAUUGCUAGCACCAGGUUACCGUCCAAGGUGAGUAGUCGAUGAUUGCUAGCACCAGGUUACCGUCCAAGGUGAGUAGUCGAUGAAUACAAGCACCAGGUUACCGUUUAAGGUGAGUAGUCGGUGAUUGCAGGCACCAGCCUAAAACUUAGCGUUUAGAACUUCUACACCGGUAUCCGUUUUCACCGGGACUUCUUUUGAUGACGUAGACCAGACAGGAGUUGUCCAAAUUCCAGUGUUUUCUAAAUUUUUACAUGUUUUCCCAUUUUCUCGCUUUAAAAAUGUGUAAAGGUGUUAAAUGAAAAUUGUCGUAGUUAUAAGUCUAAAAGGACUCAAGAAUGGGCAAAGAUUGUUCAAUUUUGGUCUAUUGAAAAUAAGAGAUCGCAUGAAUUAUCAAACAUGGUGAAAAUUCGUCUAUAGCAGUGUUUCCCUACGUCGGGCCUACGGGCAAACAAAAAAAAAAAGGGGGGGGGGGGGGGGGGGAAAAAUUAAUUUAAAAAAAAAAAAUAAAAAAAAGGGGGGGGGGGAGGGGCGAAAAAAUUUAAUUGCUAAUGGUGGCAAUUUAAAAAAAAAAGAAAGAAAAAAAAACUGUCUAGAAAAUGAAAAGCCACAGUCUGCUAUUAUUUAACUCCUAUUUUCAAACGAGAAUCGUAGUCUCAAUUUAAAAUAACGUUUGAAGCGUUAAAAACAAAUCACGUUUGGAACAUCAAAAAGUAUGGUUAUACGACACAAGGGACAUUCGACACACAAGGGACAUACGACACAAGGGACAUACGAAACACAAGGGACAUACGACACAAGGGACAUACGACACACAAGGGACAUACGACACAAGGGACAUACGACACAAGGGACAUACGACACAAGGGACAUACGACACAAGGGACAUACGACACAAGGGACAUACGACACAAGGGACAUACGACACACAAGAGACACAAGACACAAGGGACACACCACACACAAGAGACAAACGACACAAGGGACAUACGACACACAAGAGACAUACCACACAAGGGACAUACGACACAAGGGACAUACGACACAAGGGACAUACGACACAAGGGACAUACGACACAAGGGACAUACGACACAAGGGACAUACGACACAAGGGACAUACGACACAAGGGACAUACGACACAAGGGACAUACGACACAAGGGACAUACGACACAAGGGACAUACGACACAAGGGACAUACGAAUUUUAGAAUGGCUUAGGUCGGCCAUGGCACUAAAAAGGUUGGGAGAAACUGGUCUAUAGCGCUUCGACUGUUGAAAUGGUGUCACUACGUGUUUGCCACUGCUGAAAGAGAUGAGUUUUUUUUUGCUCUCAAAAGAUAUCCGUAUUGUAUAACCUUAUUUCAUGUUUAUUUUUCAAAAUCCUAACAAACAUGUUUGUCAUUGUUAAAAUGAAUGUCUUUCUGUCGAUUUUAACCUGGUAUUACAAUAUUCCCCCGUCCACAGGUUAAAUGGAGACCCGUGUUUUGGGGCAUUGCCCUCCAGCUAAUUUUUGCACUGCUUAUCUUGAGAACCUCUUGGGGCCAUGACGCCUUCCAGUGGCUGGGAGACAGAGUCAGUGAAUUCCUCGCUUACACUGACGCCGGGUCGAAAUUUAUCUUCGGAGAUGAUUACGAGCAACAUUACUUUGCUUUCAAGGUCUGGAAACUAAGAUUUACUUUACAAUUACAAUUACCCUUUCUUACAUUACAUAUUAUUGCAUUGCUCCGCUUUCUUCUGAGCCAUGAGUCAUCGGAGGCCGUCAGUAGCGCAGUCCAAGUACAAGACGGAUGGAACAUGUCAACGUUUUAGAACCCAGGGCUUGGAUCUCUGUCUUUUAACUGUUCCUGGCAGAAUAUAAUACCACACUGUUUUUACAAGCUAAAGAUGGACAUUGUUUUUCCCAACUAAAAAUGGACAUUGUUUUUUCCAACUAAAAAUGGACAUCGCUUUUACCAACUAAAGUGGGACAUCGCGUUUACCAACUAAAAAUGGACAUCGCUUUUACCAACUAAAGUGGGACAUCGCGUUUACCAACUAAAAAUGGACAUCGCUUUUACCAACUAAAGUGGGAAAUCGCUUUUACCAACUAAAAAUGGACAUCGCUUUUACCAACUAAAAAUGGACAUCGCUUUUACCAACUAACCAUGGACAUUGCUUUAACCGUCGAAAUACCGGUUCUCUGAUUGAGAUGCCUUAAAGUAUUUCUGGCAACUUGGUCUAGGUUUACAUAUAAUACAGUGUCAUCCCUCAUCUCACCAGGAUCACGUCAUACCUCAUAUCACCACUUUAUACCUAGGAAUCGAGGGGACGUUCAGUCAACACAGUUUCGAGAACCUCUUGCCAACUCCAGCACACUUUUUUCCAUCUCUGGUUAACACCAAAUCCACUCACAUAACGCAACUCUAAACACCAUAACAACAAACACGUCAUCUCUCAUACCCAAGAACGUCACCAAUACAAACUACAUAGCAACAGCUACACAAUUAAUCUCUACCCCAAAUACGCUCACUAACGAAACAAGUAUUAGAAAACAACCACUCAGGGAAAUCAAAUCAAUAACAAUGCUAACAUCUCACAGUAACAACCGUUCACAAUAAAAACAGUGAUUCUCAUAAUCUUGACAUUUACCAACUCAUGAUCCGAUUACUUUUAAAAUCAACAAUGUACUUUGCCUUUACCCAACUGACGAUGCCCAUUUGUCCGGUCCCCAGGUUCUGCCCGUUGUGGUGUUCUUCAGUACGUGUGUGUCCAUGCUGUACUACCUUGGUGUCAUGCAGUCUGUCAUCUCUCUGGUGGGGAGAUUCCUUGCCUUCUGCCUCGGGACGUCACCAACAGAGUCAGUGAAUGCUGCCGGGAACAUCUUCAUUGGGCAGGUGAGUCAAAGCUAUCACACCUUCAUUGGGCAGGUCAGUCAAAGCUAUCACACCUUCAUUGGGCAGGUCAGUCAAAGCUAUCACACCUUCAUUGGGCAGGUCAGUCAAAGCUACUUAGUGAUUGUAAUGAUAUCAUGUAAUAUAUUGCUGUUUAGCUGACAAACUAAGGCCCCUCUACUUAGUGAUUGUCACAUGUAAUAUAUUGCUGUUUAACUGACAGACAGAGGCCCCUCUACUCAUACGUCCCUUUCUAAAAGACAUGACCAACUCGGAGAUCCACGCAGUUAUGACAGGAGGGUUUGCCACAAUCGCCGGAGCUGUCAUGGCUGCCUACAUCCUCUACAAGGUAAGAUUUUAAUAUACAGACUUUUUGGAUUUUUACCACAAAAUCGUCUUUUAUUUUGGAAUCUGAAUCAAGCUCUCCGAGAAAUGGAAUGAAAACACUUAAAGUUGAGCCCUACGCUCCUAACGUACUUUGAAACUCUACCGAAAUCUGCAGCAAGUCUUCAUUUGUUUACGGUCUGAUCAUUCUUUGACCCACGAUCUGUCAUAUAUGUGAAGGGUCAAAAUAAAGGAGAUCUGUGCUUGGUUGUUAAUUUUCAACACGGUCAUAGAUAAACAAGUGUUUAUUCCGAACAGAAAUAAACAAGUGUGUAUUCCGAACAGAAAUAAACAGGAUGUGUCUUGGAAAAAUGAGGAUUGAAUUAAGUUCUAACUCGUUCAUGUUGUCUCUUGUUGACGUAUAAAAUAGCUGUACCUAUGUUUAUGUAUUCCAACUAGGGACAUUGGCACCCCACCCAACCCAACCCCUCCCCGAACCUCUGUGUUGUACACCCAUGAGGAAUAUUGCAUUUUGUCUCGAACUAAAAAAUGUCGUUUUGAUUUGUUGUCAUGGUCAUGUAUCGUUAACCAGGCUGUAUCUUCUUUUUUUAUUUCUCUUCAUCGUCAACUGUGACGUCUACUUCCGGGUGGCCAGUUUUUAGUUGAUUGCGUUGUUAAUACGCUUACACCACCCGGAAUGUUGCAAGCGAGCGGGCAUACAAGAUCGACUGCUCCAUAUUUCAAUUCCAUUUAAUAGCUUCAUAUCAUAGUUUCAUCCAUGAAAAAAAAAAAAUUUUUUGGUCAGAGAAAUGUUAUUCCGUAACUUAAAUUUAUUAAUGUAUUGCUCUCCAUUGAUUUAUCUCUUGCUUUGUAUUUCUGUUUAGAAGGUCAUUUCAUGAUUAAUGUGCGUAAUGAUGUGGUGGGCGUCAGUUGAUAUGACAAUCGCUACUGGUGACUCAGUGCCUGACUUUCAUCUCCUGGCGUUUUUUUUUUUAUAAACUUUCUUUGUGGAGGCUGGACAAAUGAAUUCUAUUGACUGACCGCCCCCUUUAAGCAUCAGAUGGUUACCACGACUGAUUACGUCAUUGGUUGACGGCCUGAAAGUAUCAAGUGAUCGAACGUCUCCUCACUCUUCUUUUAAAGGAAUUUUCAACACUUUUUAUUUCGUUGCCGUCCCCCCCCCCCCAACUCACAGCGAUCCAUCAUUCAGCUUGUUCCGCCAGACAUUUAGUUGUACUAAGGGUAUUGAUGUAAGAGUUUGUUCCGCCAGACAUCUAGUUGUAUUAAGGGUAUUGAUGUGAGAGUUUGUUCCGCCAGACAUCUUAGUUGCACUAAGGAUAUUGAUGCGAGAGUUCGUUCCGCCAGACAUCUUAGUUGCACUAAGGAUAUUGAUGCAAGAGUUCGUUCCGCCAGACAUCUUAGUUGCACUAAGGAUAUUGAUGCAAGAGUUCGUUCCGCCAGACAUCUUAGUUGCACUAAGGGUAUUGAUGUAAGAGUUUGUUCCGCCAGACAUCUAGUUGUAUUAAGGGUAUUGAUGUGAGAGUUUGUUCCGCCAGACAUCUUAGUUGCACUAAGGAUAUUGAUGCGAGAGUUCGUUCCGCCAGACAUCUUUGUUGCACUAAGAAUAUUGAUGCGAGAGUUCGUUCCGCCAGACAUCUUAGUUGCUCUAAGGAUAUUGAUGCGAGAGUUCGUUCCGCCAGACAUCUUAGUUGCACUAAGGGUAUUGAUGCAAGAGUUCGUUCCGCCAGACAUCUUAGUUGCACUAAGGAUAUUGAUGCGAGAGUUCGUUCCGCCAGACAUCUUAGUUGCACUAAGGAUAUUGAGGCAAGAGUUCGUUCCGCCAGACAUCUUAGUUGCACUAAGGAUAUUGAUGCAAGAGUUUGUUUAUGACAAGUCGCGUGUAAUCUCCCAUGUCUCCGGUUAUGAUUAUGAAUAUGGGGCAGUAGAGAUAAGGCUUUCAAUGACGACAUCGCAUGGGGUCAGCGUGUCUGUGAUGGGUUUUCUUUUUGUGUGUUUCUGAUGGUAUUUUUCCUCACGUUUUCUUCAUUGAUUUUUUUAAAAGAGUUAUUCCUGUCCCAGAGCUUUGUUUGUCAAAUGAGCCCCGAUCAGUUUUGUUUGGACAUGCGCGCGCACCGACACAGCAGGCAUGGGGAAAAUGUCAGAAUGUAUAUCAUUUUUACAAUAUAACUUUUAGGCUAUAAAACUCUCUAAAACUAAUUUAUUAUUCCGCAGUGUUACUGUAAACAAAAAAACAACAACAAAAAACAAACAAAAUUAAUUCAUGCUUCGAUAUUUUCAUUGAAAACGUUACAUUUUACAUAUUAAAUUUAAAUGGAAUUUAACAACGAUGACCAUGCACUCCAGUUUCAAAUGCUGAUAGUUCUUGUAGAGAUCCGUCUAACGAUAUUAGGAAUAUGAAAUAAUACCUCGAUGUAGCGAUUGCUGGUAUUUCAAGGGUCUGCUAGACUGCGGGACGGUUAAUAGAAAGGAAUUUGCUCAUAUCAAAUGUCUAAUCUUCUUGUCUCGCACGCGUCACAGGUCCCAGCCAAUCAUCUUCUGGCAGCAUCCGCUAUGUCUGCACCGGCAGCCCUUGCCAUGUCCAAACUUUUCUACCCUGAAACAGAGAAGAGCAAGCACAACGCAAAGGAUGUUUACAACAUAGCUAAAGGGUUGGUUCGUCUUAUGUCUUUGAUAACUUUAAAUGUCCUUGUAAUGUCUACUACCAGCCUUCAAAGGCGGACAAAUUGGAUCAACAAAUGUUGGCCAAAAUAAGAAAUAGACAGAAGUUUGAGAGAAAAAUAUAUAAAUAAGCUCUACAGACGGAUGUACUGCAUGGGCGCUGGGUCAGGGCCAAAAAAUCAACUUUAUUAAAGAAAAAAAAACGAUUGUGUGGAACAAGAAACUCGAGUUGAUCGAACGUGAAGACAAAAGAGUGGACAGAAAUAGGGAAUAGCGUAACAAAGCAGAAAGGGCACAUGAAAAAAAAAAGGGGGGGGGGGGCAUUGGUUGAGACCAAGGUGGGAGAGUGACUAUCAACUCUUUGUGGUUAAAUUAUCGGUACAGAUAGACCCACGUAAUCGAUAAACCAGAAGCAGAAUAUGACCAAUAGGAUUUGUUUUCUCUUGGAGACUGAAAGUUUUGUGUACAUUGCGUUCUAUACUUAAGCGCUUAAGCACAACUCAAAUAUGUUAUAAAGUAAGUCCUUGAAGACUUAAAUUUUUGUGUUAAAUAGUUGCAUUAUCAUAUUCGAGCACUGGAUAUUUUGAAACGGUCUUCUUUUUGGCAGAUCUGAACAUAACCUGAUCGAAGCGGCGUCUAACGGGGCAUCAAUGUCCAUUAAGCUUGUGGCCAACAUCGCCGUGAAUCUGAUCGCGUUCGUUGCCCUGCUUCAGUUCGUCAACGCGACUCUAACCUGGCUUGGGGACAGGGUUGGACAAGAAGGACUAACCUUUCAGGUCAGUCAACGUAUGGACAUACCGAAUGAAAUUAAGUGAGUCUUGUAAAUGAUCAUUGCAUUAGGACACCAAAAAGCUAGCUUUUUAGUUUGUAUAUAAUAGAAGAAUGCUACAAUAUUCUUAAUGCAAAGUGAAAAAAAGACUGACCUUUACUAAAUAGUUGGAUCCCCCAUUUACGUUCUAUUUAAAAUGAAAUAAUAUUUUUUCAGAUUGAAGAAAAACAUGGUGGCAUAAUGGUAUACCAUACUUUCGUGGAGGGCUGCUUAAAAACAGUGCCCUUAUCUUAAUCUCAACAAUUAAAGUUGUUAAUGAAAUUAUUUUUGUUGCUAGUUUUCUCGGUGUUUUUUUUUUUUCAACUGACACGAGUAGGACAUCCCAGUCUGUUAAUAAUAUUUUGUUUGAGAGGUGUCUUAGAUGGGGAAAAAACAUGUAGGUCCGUGUAAAUAAUGAAUCCAUCUUUGUCUCGGCUUGAUGAAAAGAUUCCGAUAAUACCAUGCUACCCAUCUGACGUUAAAUUUACACCAAACCAUUUCUAUUUCAGUUCAUAUGCUCCUACCUGUUCUGGCCGAUUGCAUUUUUAAUGGGAGUAGAGCAGGACGAUUGCCGCACUGUGGCCGAGCUGGUUGGAACUAAAAUUUUCCUCAAUGAGUUCGUGGUUAGUCCUAUAACUUCCAUGUUUGUUGGCUUUGUUGUUUUUUUACAACAUUAAUGCAAGUUAGACCAGUUUAAAAAAGGUUCCUUUUGUUCCCCCGUGGUAACACUUUUUAUCUUGAGAAACUAUUCAACUGGUUUCCGUCAAGAACGUUUAUGCGGGCCAAACUUCCAUGCCAUUCAUUUUGGUUAGCAACCUCCUUUAAAAUUAAAUACUGACCGUAAUCCAUGUCAUUUACCUUGUCUUUAAGAGUACGGAAGAAGAAAAAAAACAUUGGCGAUAGAUAGCCAACCCCUUGAUCUAUUCGCCACAUGUGUUGAGUGACGAUAGAUUGACAACCCCUUUUUCUAUUCGCCACAUGUGUUGAUUGACGAUAGAUUGACAACCCCUUUUUUCUAUUCGCCACAUGUGUUGAUUGACGAUAGAUUGACAACUCCUUUUUCUAUUCGCCACAUGUGUUGAUUGACGAUAGAUUAACAAUCUGUUAGCUGAGUGGGAGAUGAGCUGGGACAUGGAAUUUCACCAUGCCAAGUGCCAGACACUAUCAAUAUCUAGAAGUUGUACUCCUCUACACUACCAAUACAAACUGCACGGCCAUAUACUUGAGCAAGUUUCCUCAGUAAAGUACUUGGGUGUUACCAUUCAAAGAGAGGUCCGCUGGGACGAGCAUAUUAACAAUGUAUGUAACCAAGCAAACCAAGCCUUGGGGUUCUUAAGGCGAAAUCUAAAGAUUGGCAACUCCUGUGUGAAAAAAAGAGCAUAUAAAGCCUUUAUCCGUCCGAUUUUAGAUUAUGCAUCUUCAGUCUGGGACCCAUUUACCCAGAAGAGCAUUGACAGGUUGGAGGCGGUCCAGCGACGAGCAGCACGCUUUGUCCUAAACCGCUACAGGAAUACCUUUAGUGUUGGCAGCAUGAUGGAAACACUAGGCUGGUCACCAUUGGAGAAACGACGACGACAAUCCAGGCUCUCCAUGAUGUACAAGAUAAAUAAUGGGCUGGUCCACUGUUCCAUUAUUAAACAGAAACUCGUCCCUCUCCCCCAUAGACAGCGACGAGGCCAUGACAGGCAAUUCCGGCUCAUACCAGCAAGAAGCCAGUAUAGGAGCUGCUCAUUCCUGCCCAAGACAAUCAGGGACUGGAACCAUCUUUCAAAAGGAACAGUUGAGGCGACAACACUAGACACAUUUGUGUCUAUUGCCUCAAGCCUUCAAACUCCUAGUGCAUAAUUUCCUCAUCACCACCAGUAACAGAAACAUUGCAAAUCCCAUCUACAUGCAUAGGAGCCAAAAUGAUCAAUAAAUUGAUCGUGGGCCCUUAAGAUAUAGAAGAAGAAGAACCCCUGGUUCUAUUCGCCACAUGUUUUGAUUGACGAUAGAUUAACAACCCCUUGUUCUAUUCGCCACAUGUGUUGAGUGACGAUAGCUAGCCAACCUCUUGAUCUAUUCGCCACAUGUGUUGAGUGACGAUAGCUAGCCAACCUCUUGAUCUAUUCGCCACAUGUGUUGAGUGACGAUAGAUUGACAACCCCUUGUUCUAUUCGCCACAUGUGUUGAUUGACGAUAGAUUAACAACCCUUUGUUCUAUUCGCCACAUGUGUUGAGUGACGAUAGCUAGCCAACCUCUUGAUCUAUUCGCCACAUGUGUUGAGUGACGAUAGCUAGCCAACCUCUUGAUCUAUUCGCCACAUGUGUUGAGUGACGAUAGAUUGACAACCCCUUGUUCUAUUCGCCACAUGUGUUGAUUGACGAUAGAUUAACAACCCUUUGUUCUAUUCGCCACAUGUGUUGAGUGACGAUAGCUAGCCAACCUCUUGAUCUAUUCGCCACAUGUGUUGAGUGACGAUAGCUAGCCAACCUCUUGAUCUAUUCGCCACAUGUGUUGAGUGACGAUAGAUUGACAACCCCUUGUUCUAUUCGCCACAUGUGUUGAUUGACGAUAGAUUAACAACCCCUUGUUCUAUUCGCCACAUGUGUUGAUUGACGAUAGAUUGACAACCCCUUGACCAUGCAUUGGUUGAAAGUUUCAAGAUGGUGUUUAAUGCUAUCAGAUUGAAGCAAUCAACACCUCUAACUAACCGUAUAUUACUUUCUGAUAGUUUUUUGUCAAAACAUAAUUCAAGGUCCUCGUGACCGCCCUUUAUAUUUCCAUAAACUAUUCUUGUUUAUUUAUGUCAUUAUAAAUCACAUAUGUAUCAAUGGACCAGAAUCACAUAUGUAUCAAUGGACCAGAAUCACAUAUGUAUCAAUGGACCAGAAUCACAUAUGUAUCAAUGGACCAGAAUCACAUAUGUAUCAAUGGACCAGAAUCACAUAUGUAUCAAUGGACCAGAAUCACAUAUGUAUCAAUGGACCAGAAUCACAUUUUUUUCACCGUGUAACAUAUUAAUAUUUGUAUACUACAGGCUUACGUCGACCUGUCUGUGUAUAUCAAGAACCAGAUCGCGUUUGACGCCUACCUGGCCAACUUUACUGGCAACAGCAGCGGCAAUCUGACGGGUGCUUGGACCUGGGUGGGUGGGGACAUCUACCUGAAUGAGACGGCCACGACGCUGACCAGGGGACUCAUCUCGGUAGGUCAAGCUCUAGCGUAGAUAGGCCAGGGUCAAUGAGUGACCUAGAUUUAACGUAGUUGACGAGCGGAAUCAAAGACACUUCUGCUGUGUUGCAUCAGAGGGGAAGUUUGUUUUCAGGGGGGGGGGGGGCAACUAUUUUAUGGAUGAAUCUCCUGAGCAGUUGUGUACCUUGACUAAAUGCCGACAGGGUUGGACUCCAAAAACAUUCACCUCUGAACACAAACGCAUCUAAUAUUUAAUGUCGGUAAGUAGUGUUGCUGCCGAUUAAUCAGCAAAUACUCGACCAUUUUUACAAUUAACCGUUGAUCGGCUUUUUCUUGCCGAUUAAUCGGCUAUUAAAUCUGCCCUACUAAAAAUUAUCAAGAUGUUAUUUGAAAAUACAUGCAGUUUUAAUGGACAUAUUAAAUAUUUACCUUUGGGUUUUGUCACAACUGGAAAAGCUUGUGGCUUGUGUGUGGACAAGUCUCUAGCCUGCUUGCAUACAAAACAAAAUUUGAGUCUUCCAAAUACCUUAUAUAAACUGAUGCCCAAAAUAAAAAGUUAGAAAAAUAAUAAAAUAAUAAUAAUCAUACGACUAUUGUUGACAUGUGUGUGAUGGAAAGUUUGCUUGUCAAUUUUUGAGUUGACACUUGCAUGACGUCAUCCUCUGAAGUAAGUGUUACGUUCCCGAGGGCGUGCUGUUAUUAGCUACGUCACUUGCCCAUUCAAAAUAACUUUUUUUAGAGAACUAGAGUCUGUCGUUUCGGGCACUGGUGAUCAGAGCGAGUCAGAGUCUGUCAUUGUCACACUGGCGAUCACAGCCUGAUACUGUGCGUGUCCAGGUCCAAGGUUCAAAUGUAUGAAAUGACGUCACCCAAUGUCAAUGAUUCCCAAACGUUUUGACGAAUACCGCACCUAACGACCUUCAGACGCUUUGAUGGCCCUUAAAGUGCAGAUUUAAAACAGCAAGUUCCUGUCCAGCUCUUUUGCAAUUGAAAUGUCAAUACAUCCCUAAUCUCAGAGUCGUGUCCCCCCCCUCCCCCGAUAUUCUUCAAAUUGUCACAACGUUGGGAUACACUCCUGUAACGCACAUAUUAAGUCUAGUAAUAGUAAUUGUUAUUUACGAUGUUCUAAUGCUAUAAUUUAUUAUACUUCAUUAUAAAGUAGUGUUAUACGUUACCAACAAUUCAUAAUUAGACCUCCUCAAAGCUAUGUCAUUGGAGGCCGAUAAAUCGGAUAAUUGGUAAUCGGCUAAUUUGAUAAUCGGUGCAACCCUAUAGGAAAUUAACCCAAACGUGACUCUGAGGCCCCUCCCCUUGCCCCACUUCUCUCUUCUCUCUCUCUCUCUCUUUCUCUCACUCUCUCUCUUUCACUCUCUCUCUCUCUCUCUCUCUCUCUCUCUCUCUCACACACAUACAUACACACACAGAGUCCAAAAACCAGCCACUAAGAGAGUAAUAACAAUUUAAAAGAUAAAAUGUCCUUAUCAGAUACACGUCAGGAUCUCUUCCUGUUUUAAUUUUAAGGAAAAUAUCGCAGCAUCUUGACCUUGACCUUUUAAUUUUACGUUACUUUACUCCAGCGGUCUUCAGGCGUGUUUAUAUUGGAGGGAAUCGUGACCAAGUCGUCUUUCGUUGGAUGAUUAAAAACUUUCAAAUUUCAAGUAAACAAAUCCAGAUGAAUUAUUUUAAGUGUGCAAUGAUAGGCUUCCAGCUCUUGUUAUUUUGAAAGUGUGUUCAAUGGUAGGCUUUCAUCUCUUAAUAUUUAGCAUCACACUAAAACGAAUUACUACAAUUCUGCGUCACGCCAAAUUUAACUAAGUCCCAUAUUCAUUGCUAUUUUGGCAAUUUAGUUUAAUUUGGGGCUUAUUAUUUUUACUUCCCUUCAAGACUUACAAGAUAAUAUCUGCAUUUUAUCAUUUCACGUCGGAAUUAGAAUUGCUUAAUACCGUAUGGACAGACAUAACACAGUUCUACCAAUCUCCCGUCACUUGCACACGUUUACUGUCCAUUUACUGUAAACCACGUGACGUUGGGUUUAUAUAUAUAUAUAUAUAUAUAUAUAUAUAUAUAUAUAUAUAUAUAAAUGGCUCCCCCUACUGGUUACUUGAUUUUGUUUAAGUGUUUAUUAAAUGUUUGAGAAGCACGGCUCUACUUGCUUGAUAAAGUUGUUUUGUUUCGGUCAAUAAAUGGACAUCAAUAUGAGCAACACUUGACACUUGAAAUUCAUUCAAAGUUCUUUAAAUAAAUGACAGCUCCAUAAUAAACCUUUUGUUCAUGAAAGGUUGCACUCUUCUUCUCUAGAUUGUGGAUGCUCCUUAUCAUUUAAAAUCGAUUUAGUUAGUGACCAUCACCUUUCAUGUCAACAAAAACAACAACCGAAAAGGAAAAAAAAAACACGAAAUGCACUGAUUGGAAUUGAUAAACAUUAAAUGACGUUAUCAGCUGCCAUUUUUUCCUAAACCCAAAAUAUCAAAUGUUGUUAAUUUGGAGAAAAAAAAUUAGAUGUACAGUAAAUGUGUUUGUUGUUAAAUUAAAGGGGCAUAAUACGGAGCCAUCGCGUGCUUGUUGGAGGUCCUCCUGCCUCUUUUCAGUUGUUUGUCCCCCGUAUUCAAAGUAGAAAUCAUGCAGGGCACAAAGAGAGGAGGGAGAAGAAGAGGAAGACAGAGAAAAAGAUGGGAAGAUAACAUCAAAGAGUGGACGAGACUAAAACUGGGCGAUGCUGUGCGAAGUGCAGAAAACAGAGAGGAAUGGAAGGGGGUAGUUUUCAUGUGGUGCCCCAACGGUCCAAGGACUAAUGGACAUGAUGAUGAUUCAAAGUAGAUGGUUUACAAAGUUUGGAAACCACAGUGUUGGACCUCUUAUAAAGCCGAGUGCCCCCCCCCCCAAUCUUCCUAACCCCUCCCAGGCUAUCCAGGCUAACGUCCCACCCUAUCUCAUGAUGAUGAUUCAAAGUAGAUGGUUUACAAAGUUUGGAAACCACAGUGUUGGACCUCUUAUAAAGCCGAGUGCCCCCCCCCCCAAUCUUCCUGACCCCUUCCAGGCUAUCCAGGCUAACGUGACACGCUAUCCAGACGAUAUUCAAUUGAUUUAAUAGUGACUCAAUUUCAUAUUCGGCAACUUUUGUCCAAGUUAAUUACUUAAAAUGAAAUAAAAAUAAACCUUCGUUUCGGAUGGCAAUUAACUUCUUAAUUCCCUCCCUUUUUUUCCAGGACCGAUCUGUUGUUAUCGCCACUUACGCCCUGUGUGGUUUCUCCAACAUAUCAUCGAUGGGAAUCCAACUGGGCGCCCUGGGUGCCAUGGCCCCAAACAGGAAAGGGGAUCUCUCUAAGAUUGUAUUUAGGGCCAUGCUGGCUGGAAAUGUUGCCUGCUUUCUGACGGCUUGCAUUGCUGGUGAGAAUUUUAUUUACCGAUAUUAUAUAUUUAUAUGGCCAUAA